AUGAACUUAAAGAUGUUUUUCCGAUGUUACCAGAUUAGUGAUAUUUUGAAUGACACAGCGAAGUUUACAAAAGUUAAAUGUGAUAAAGAGAAGGAACUGAAUUUUAUCAUCAAUCAAGAGAAAAAAGUUACAGCAGUUUUGAAAACUUUGCUUGACAACGGUUCCUUGGAAAGAAGAUUACAUGAAAAACUCAAACCAACUGGGUCAAAGCUAGGAAUAUUAUAUGGUUUAUGUAAAAUUCACAAAUCUAUUGUUAACGGAAGUCCACCUUUUAGGCCCAUUUUAUCGGCUAUCGAUACACCCACCUACAAUUUGGCUAAGUUUCUUGUACCACUUUUGGCACCCUUAACAGUUAAUGAGUAUACUGUUUUCAGCUCUUUUUCCUUUGCUGAAGAAAUUAGUAAACAGGACAGUAGUUUGUUUAUGGCUAGCCUAGAUGUUGAUUCUUUAUUUACAAAUAUUCCUUUGCAAGAAACUAUAGAUAUUUGUACUGAUUCUUUAUUUUCAGAGACUGACCCAGUCAGUAAUUUUUGCAAAAGUGAUUUUCGUAAACUCCUCUCUCUGGCCACAGAAAAUUCUUAUUUCACGUUUGACGGUCAACUAUUCAAGCAAGUCGAUGGGGUAGCUAUGGGAUCACCUCUUGGCCCCAGCCUUGCUAAUGCUUUUCUUUCGCACCACGAAAAGACUUGGUUGGAUAAUUGUCCAUCAUCCUUUAAGCCAGUGUAUUAUAGAAGAUAUGUUGAUGAUGUUUUUGUGUUGUUCUCAUCUCCUAGCCAUUUGCCUCUAUUUAAGGACUAUCUUAAUAGGCAACACAUCAACAUAUCUUUCACGUCUGAGUGCGAGGCCGAUAAAACUCUUCCGUUUCUUGACGUAUCUGUUUCUCGCAAUGAAUCGAAGUUUCACUUAGAAAUGCAAGAUCUUAGAAACAUUCUGUUAAGAAAUGGCUACCCGUCAAGUUUGAUUGAUCAAUGCAUUAAGUCUUUUCUCGACAGAAUGUUUCAAGAUAAGAAAGUUUUCAGUACCGUGCCUAAGUUAGAAGUUCUUAUUAUUUUGCCAUAUUUGGGUAAUAUAUCGUUGAAACUGCGAACUCACUUAGUUAAAACAUUUGAUAAGCAUCUUCCGUGCUGUAAGCUUAGGGUUAUUUUCAAAUCGGGUUGUAGAAUUGGCAAUUUUUUCCGGUUUAAGGACCGUGUUUCAAAGGCUCUGCGUUCAAAAGUCGUAUAUAAAUAUCAGUGUGAUGGCUGCAAUGCCAUCUAUUAUGGGAAAACUAUGCGACAUUUGAAAGUUUGA